AUGGCCGACGGCGGCACCACAGCACACCACGGGAGCUCGGAGAGCACUGGUUCCGUGGCGCUCGACCCCGCCAUGAUUGAGCUGGUCGAGAAACUUAGCGUGACGCCCGAGCCAUUGACGCCAUUGACUGACUGCCAACUGGCAGACAUCUAUGCGUCAAAGCGCCGCUCAUCCGUACCCCCGUUCCCUCCGCAACUCGAGCUGCAACAUCUGUCCAGCACGUCUUCCUCGACCGCCUCCAGCCAAGGCGAACUCACCACUCCCGUCACCAUGCUCUUCCCCCUCCCGCCAACUACCGCUGCCGGCGCCGCCGGACGACCACCGCCCUUGAACCUGUCCCAUGGAAGUUCCAAGGAGAGUCAGCCCGCCGCUUCGGGUGACAUGGGGGCGUUCGAGGGCUCGACCGGCAGUGGUGGCUUGCUGACCCUGGAGAUAGGCGAUCAGUUCUUGUCACCCACGGCGCAUUCCUUUGACUUCGAUCGUCUAACUCCCACCUCCACAUCAUCGCCAACCGUGCCCUCGCUCGAUAAGCUUACUGUGCGCCAACAAAAGAGCAGUAGCUCAUUAAGUGCGCUCAGCGCCAAGUCGUACCCGAACGGUCUCCUCAGCCCGAUCUGCGUCGACACUACCGCGGCAGCACAACAGAGCGAGUGGUCUGCCUCGGCACACUCUUCAGCAGGAGAUCACACUACUGUUGGAGACUGCACGACAUCUUCCUUUGGACACUCGCCAACAUCGCCCCUUUCACCACUUUCUCCACCACCGCCGCUGCCGGAGAAGGACAGCAAGUAUAGGAGUAUGGUCAUGUUCGGACGACAAUCGUUUGGCGUUCACGGCGGGAAGGACCAGGAGCAGGCUGUUGCGUCGGUGCUGGACGACCUCGUCGAGGAGGAGACGAACGAAUCGGAUCCGGAAACGUCACUGGCGACCCACUUUCCCGAGAAGCGGCGAUCGAUCAAGGACGUCGAGGAGAUCAUGGCGGACGACCUGAACGACCUGCGAGACGCGUUCCUUCCUCCGGAGACGCGAUCGCGAUCGCGCACGGUGACUUCCAGAUCUGCGACACGAACGAAAUCGGUUGGAACAUUCAAGCUUCUGGGCACGAACAAACCCGUUCCAGGCCAUGGCACCCCUUCGACGUACACGGUGAAGAGCGGAAGGAAGAUGGGACGGCGAUCGUCCAGCAUUAACGGAACUGACGAGAAGCUGCUCGAGAUUUGGUCGGCACCGCCACUGCUUGCUGUGGUGGAGGCCGAGACUUCAAUCGUGCGCGACGAGAAUGGACGGGCCGUGCACUUUGGUGACCUUCUCCCGAAGGGUGUCGCUGCGAGGCAGGGCGCCGGCUCAAACGACUCGCCCAAAGUCGUCGUCAUCUUCAUGCGACACUUCUGGUGCCCGCUCGGGCAGGACUACAUUGUACGCUCGAUCUCGCAGCUCGACCCCAGCACGCUGCGUUCGCACAACACACAGGUCGUAUUGAUCGCCCCGGGAUCCUACAAGCUGAUCAAGAAGUACCGCAAGCUGUGCCAGUGUCCCUACCCGAUCUACUCGGACAGUACGCGGCACUUGUACAAGCUGAUGGGACUGUCGGACUUCCUCGGCGACGACAAGCGGUACCACCAGCAGCGACAGAACACGUCGUCGCAGACGCUCAAGAGUCUGCGGAAUGGUUUCCUGAAGCUUCCCGGCGACCCGGGAAGCGCGCGACAGCUCGGAGGCGAGUUCAUCUUCGGAGCCGACAACGUGUGCGAGUUUGCGCACCGCAUGACGACACCGAGCGACCACCUCGAGGCGUCGGCUGUGCUCAGGACAGCGGGGGUCGAGAUGCCCUCGCCGCUGUUUCGGUCCGGCUCCACCCUUUCUUCGAUUGGCAACGGCAUAGUGUGCAUUGACAAGGAGCGAAAGGGGUCGUGGGAGACGUCGCGGAUGUCAGAUGUCGGCAGCGCGUCGGACAUGAAGCGUCCGACCAAGCUCGAGCGCGAAAGCGCGACCUGGGACGAGGACACGGAGGAGUAUGUCGAGUCGCUGGGACCGAUGUCGAGCACGUCUUCGUCGCACCAGCACUCGACCUCGGCACACGGACACCAGCAUCAUGCGCCGCGGCGUUCUGUCGACUCGCCCAGCCCCGUGCAGGAGGUGCAGAUGGAGCCGAACUCGCCCACACGUCCGGUCAAGUCGCCCCUCCGCGCCAGCAUGUACCAGCAGCAGCUCCAGCAGCUUCAGCAGUUGCAGCAGCAGCAGACGCAGAACGUGCAGACGAUCAACAACCACUACAACUCGUUCGCGGAGAAGCGGGAGCGCGACAAGCCCAUGUCGACGUGGUCCUCGUCGAGCUCCUCCGAGACUGGCAUCGUCACGACCCCACAGCAGCAGAACCUGCCCCCCAUUCACCCCCUCGACGCGACGAGCAGCGAGCAGAAGGACAAGGAGUACGAGGAGCUCGUGCGCAAGUACCGUGCCCAGAAGUGGGGGCUCGCGUACGAGAUGGACUAG